ACCCGUGUACUUUCGCUGCUUCGAAACGACGAUAUUACACGACGAUUUCUCGCGAUUUAAAAAACGCUCUCCCUUCGCGGGGGUCUGACGCGAUGAUAUCUCGAAGAAUCGUGGAACUCCGGGUCUUGGGUCUCACAAUAAUAAUAGCGCAGUCCCGGACGGAUCCUCUUAAGUUGUUUCCUGGCUGUUUCUUCGAUCCUACUGCGUGUAUAUUCCUCGAAUAAUCAACGAUGGCACGAUCGUAUUCCCAUCGUCCGUGACAUUUGGUCUCGGCUCGCGUUCACGGGUCGCUGAAGAUUGGCACAGGCACCUCUUUCCACUCUGCACUACGGAAUGCAAAAGGAACACAGAAUAAAUAGGAGUCUUUUUCAAACAGUCUUUCGCGAGAUUACAAAAAAUUCAUUAACAAUCAUAAUUAAAUUCAUAUCCUAGCUCCAAAAACUAAUAAUAAUUAUAUAAAUAAUAAGCAAGACCAACGUUUCGCCGUGACUCUGAGGCGCUGUACAAGAACUCCAACUCACCGUGCGUUCUUCGGAGGCGGACACUUUUCGCGGAAAAAACCUUCCGAAUCGAGGAUACCGGUGACGUCACCGACGCAGGGCCUUAUCGAAGAAUGCGCGAGGGAGGAGCCAGGUGGAGGCUGCGCGAACGUUACCGGCGUGAUCUCCGUUGCUCGCUGGCUGCGUCGAGGCACGUCGAGACCUGCAUGAGAUGCACACGCGGCGCAUGCGACCGGCUGCAAGGACGAGCGGAGAAUGCCCGGGAGAGAGACGAGGAGCGCGAUACUGCACGGCGCGCCUCAAGAUGGCCGUCCGGAGUCCGGGUAGGCCUCUCUCAGGUUGCCAGGUGAGCGUGCUGAAAGGAGAGAGAGAGAGAGAGCGCGAGUGAGAAAGAGGAGAGAAUAAGGAGGCCCCUAUCGUGAAUGGUCCCUUACUUACGGAACCUUACAGAAGAGAAAGGUGACAUCGAAAAGACUUUUGCCUUAUCGCGAGCUCGCAUCGCGGAUGCAUCGGAUACAAUAAAGUAAAGUUGCAUCUUGCAUCGCGAAGAGCCGCAUCCCGGCGCCCUCUGGUGACUCCUUACCAAAGUUCCGCAGGAAAAUUCGAAAAUGGCGAACCGCACCGUGAAAGAUGCUAAAUCUAUUCGCGGAACGAAUCCACAAUAUUUGGUGGAAAAGAUCAUCAGAUCUCGGAUAUACGACUCCAAGUACUGGAAGGAAGAAUGUUUCGCCUUGACAGCGGAAUUGUUGGUUGACAAGGCGAUGGAGUUGAGAUUUAUAGGAGGAGUUUAUGGUGGCAAUGUGAAGCCCACUCCGUUUCUGUGUCUCAUACUAAAAAUGCUUCAAAUACAGCCUGAGAAGGACAUCAUAGUCGAGUUUAUAAAAAACGAGGAGUUUAAAUACGUUCGCGCAUUGGGUGCAUUGUACAUGAGAUUGACUGGCUCUUCUCUGGACUGUUACAAGUAUCUUGAACCAUUAUUCAACGAUAACAGAAAGCUCAGGAUGCAGAACAAGCAGGGUGUGUUUGAACUUAUCCACAUGGAUGAAUUCAUUGACUAUCUUCUCAGGGAAGAAAGAUCUUGUGAUGUUAUUUUACCCAGGAUUCAAAAGAGAUAUGUUUUAGAAGAGAAUAAUGAACUAGAGGCGAAGAUAUCAGCAUUAGAGGAUGAUAUGGAUGAUGGUAUUGAAUCGUCAGAGGAAGAAGAAAUUCCACCUGUUAAGGAAUCACCACGCAAAAGACCAGAUGAUCAUGAACGGGAAAGAGAUCGUCACAGGGACAGGGACAAGAGGCAUUCUCGAUCUGAGAAGAAAUCUGAGAAGGAGAAGCAGAGGUCGAGGAGCAGAGAAAGGGAAAGAGACAGAGACAGGAGGGAACGUAAACGCAGCAGAUCACCGAAAACUCACUCGUCGUCGCACAAAGAUAAAGAUAGGGAAAGGGAUCGUCACAGAAGAGAUGACAGAGAUAGAGAGAGGGAGAGAGAAAGAGAAAGAGAGCGAGAUCGGAGGAGAGAACGUGAUAGAACUAGGCAUUAAAAUAUGACGAGGCUUUGAUCGAGUGUUUAUAUAGAUCGAGUGAAUGGAAAUUAAAUCGAUUGAUGAUCCUUUUCGUAUCAUUAUUCGAAUGUAUUUAGCGCCGGUAUGUGACACAUUUAGGAAUUCGGUAUUAAAAUCACAAUAUGCAUCCGGAAUCGAAUCCGUAUAACAUAUUCAAAUAUAUAUAUACAUUUUCAUCCCUCAUUUACGUUAUAUUACAAUUGCUCUAUUAAAUAAAAAAAUAGUGAUCAAUAUCGUUACCGAUACAUAAUGGACGAAUAAUAAUUAUAUUCCUGCUUGAAAACUUAUUACGAUCAUUUUUUACUUUGGAACCCUUAUACCUAAUGUAUUUCUCACGCUUCGAAAUAACGUUUGGUCGAUGAACAUUUCUAUAUCACUUUUAUGUAUUCUUAAUAAAUAUAGAAAAACAAGAAAAUACUUGCUAUUUAAAAUGUAGGCGAGUUCAGAAUGAAUAAUCUUUCUUCCUCCUUCUUAAUCCACUUUAAUAACUUACUCACUGCCUCGAUAGCGUCCGGUUUUGUCACUAGAGGCUCAAACGUUACAUAUAAUUCGAAACCAGAAGCAACCUAGAGAAAGAGAAAAUAUAUAUGUAUAAAAUCAAACAAAAAACUUGCAAUUGUAAAAAUUUUUUUCUUACCCAUGCUAGCAUUGUUUCCUUAUCCAGUUGUUGAAAUAUAAGUUUUAAGGGUCGACUAGGAGAAUGCAAUCUAUGAUGCAAACACUGAUAAAGCCCCAAUAAUCUGAAAAAAAUUGUAUUUUAUUGCAAGAGUUAUAAAUCGGCGUAUACAAGUAUUUGAUUAAAG